AUGAUAUCGCGACACCUCGUCUCUGUCCUUUUCGCCCUUGGUGCCGUGGCGGUUCCUCCUCCAGCCGAGAAAGUCCUCAAGGGCGACUGCUCUCACAAUGGGCUUCUGUGGGAUUGCGGCAGAGAUGGGCUGGUGUGGACAAAAGGAGCGGUGCGGAUGAAUCACAUGCAGGUUAUCGGGUCGCACAACAGCUACCAUGUCGAAGCACCCAAGGCGGAGCGCGAUCUUCAAGCUGCGUUCACAUCGGCGGCCGUGGAUCUGCAGUACUCCCACGCCGCUCUGGACGUGCAGCUGGAGUAUUUGCGUGUGAGGAACCUAGAGUUGGACUUGCUCGCGGAUCCUGAUGGAGGCAUGUAUAGUGAUCCUCUGCUUAGAAAGUUUGCCAGGCUAGGCGUGCUGAAGGAUCCAAAGCUCAAGGAAAAGGGCACAAAGGUGCUACAUAUACCGGACGUAGACUACCACACCACUUGCUCAACGCUGGUUUCCUGUCUGCACAUCAUCAAGAGGUGGAUGGACGCGCACCCAGAUAGCGUACCUCUCCCCAUGAUGAUGGAGUUCAAGACGGCCGAGGACAUAGGGGAAAGGCUCGGCGGCGCCAAGGUGGUACCGUGGACCACUGACCUUUUGAACGUUGUGGAUGAGGAGAUUCGGUCGGUCUUUAACAAGUCGCAGCUCAUCACACCUGAUGACAUUCGCAGAGAUGGCCUGACGCUGGAGCAAUCCAUCUUGAGGUACGGCUGGCCGGAUCUGGACAGCGCAAGAGGGAGAAUCUUUUUCCUUAUGGACAAUGGGCCGAUAAAUGACGUGAGGGAUGCGUAUAUCGAGGGACGGCCGAAUCUGGAGGGCAGGGUGCUGUUUACGAAUAGCAUGCCUGGGCAGGGCGACUGUGCGUUUCAAAAGCAUAACGAUCCUGUGAGAGAUGCGGACGUCGAGUUAAUCCAGGCCCAAGUCCGCGCAAACUACUGGGUCCGCACCCGUGCGGACGAGCCUCUCAACACUGUCCUUGGAGAGAAAUGCGAUGUUUCUCGACGAAACAGGGCGCUUAGAUCGGGAGCACACAUUGUGUCGACUGACUUUGCGGCCUUUGAGCUUAGCUCGCGGUGGGGAUGCGAUUAUGCUGUGAGGCUGCCUGGGGGAAAGGCGGCGAGGUGUAACCCGGUGAAUGGGGAGGGAUGCGAGGGGGCGUUGGAGCCGCUGGAGUAUACGGAGAAUUAG